AAUAAUAAAUCGGUAAUGGCCAAAGAAGAAAAUUCAGAGCUUGAGUGGAUGUUGGAGUUUAUUCAGAGAGAUAUACAUGAAAAUAGAUCAUGCAACACACAGUCUCUCAUGGCUGACGAACUGUCGGUGCCAAGGGUCUAUGGCAUGUAUGAGGUCCCUGAUGUGCUUCUUGAACAAAACAGAGACGCCUAUACUCCAAGCUGCGUAUCUAUUGGGCCUCUUUCCAGAUUGUGGAGAGAAGAUCUAAAUGAGAUGGUGUCGGUGAAAAAGAGGUAUAUGUGUGAGCUUCUUGAGCGAAAUGGAACAUUUGGGGCGACACUAAGAGAAUGUACGGAAGCUAUGUUAAAGUUGAAGUCCCUUGUUGAGGAUUGCUAUUCCAAAAGCUAUGAAGACUUCUAUUAUAACCAUUUGAAGUACAAUCAGGUCAGACGUGACCUGCUAUUGCUCGAGAACCAGAUCCCCUUCUUCGUUCUUGAAGAAUUGUUCAGGCUGACUGUGGAACGUAUCCCCCCGGAUAGUACUACUAUAGGGCCCCACCCAGUCUCCCUCCGUAAAUGUGUUCUUUCAUUGUUUGGAGAUAUGAUGGGAGUAGAAAAUAUUGGUGGUGAAAUAGAGAACCUGAAAAACAAUUCCCCUUAUCACAUACUCCAUUUUUUACACAUUUCCCACCAAUCUCCUUUAGAGAAGGCACCAAUAUUUUACACACAUAUGGAAAAACCUAGAUUCAAAUACAACGCAACAAAACUCCGUAGUGUAGGAGUCAAGUUUGUGACCCGUAACAAAGUAAGCCUGUUUGAUCUGAAAUUUACAACUCCUCGUCGCUUCUUUUGUUUGUGGAAAACAGGUCAUUUUAGAAUCCCACGUUUCUCUAUCAAUGAAAUCACUGAAACAUUCUUGCAAAACAUCAUUGCUUUUGAGUAUACUUGUCCCGGUGUUGACAGGUACUUCACAUCGCAUGCUCUUGCCAUGAGUAUCCUCAUGGCCUCUGCCGAAGAUGUUAAAUUGCUGGAAGAAGCUGGAGUCAUACGCAACCAUUUGGAUUCGGGUGAAGCAGUGUUGGAAAUCUUCAAGAAUAUUACCAGCAAUAAAAGCAUUGUAAGAAAUCAAAACCUUCUUUACAAGGAUAUGUGGAGACAGGUGAUGGAUUUUUGCUCACCUUGGCGACUAGCUUUUGCUAAUGUAACCACACAAAUGGCAGUAGCCGCUGCCAUUAUCCUGAAUAUCAUCACACUUUUGUCUUCCGUAUACACUGUCCUUUCUUAUUACCACAACAAGUAGGUAUUUAUAUAUGUCGAUCUUGAAGUAUAUGUGUGUGUGCCUAUUCCUUUGUUACAAUAAAUCAAUCUCGUUGUUUCAUCUAGAUCACCAGUAAUUAUUUGAAAUGUACCGUUAAUUAGAAUAGUAUUAGUACUUUUGAGAAUGUGUGUAAGUCAUUUAUGUAGUGUCAUCUAUAUGCGUGUCAUUCAUAUUAGAACCUUUAUACAUAAUCUCUCUCUC